UUAUCAGCACAGUUCUUCACUCUGUGCGCUGCGUGUCGCCGUCGUCGCCGCCACAUUGCUGCUGUUUGAUGAGUAAAUGUUAAAUUCUUGUUAAAGGAUUAUAGAGAAGGAGGUGGUGGUGGUGGUGUUAGAGGGUUGCUGGUAUUAUAGGGGUUGGUGGUGGGGGGAGCAGGCGGGCGGCUCCGCUACAGUCGAGCGACGGAAUUUUGUAAUAAAGAGAGCAAAUGGUAAACAUUGUGUCCCCGUCUGUCUUAGCAUAACGCGGUAAUUAAUAAUAGAUUACAUUAAUUAGGGGGGGUCCGGGAUCGGACCCGGCGGCGUGUGCGGUGGUGGUGGUGGCGCUGGGUGUUCGGGGGAGAGGGGGAGAGAAACGUAAAGACGACAGCGAGGACGGCGGAGUUUUAAGAGAAAAAUGAAAAGACGAUAAAAGUUAAAGAUAGCGAAUUAAGAGUACAGUGCGAGUACAGUUUUAGUGUUUGUUCUUCGAGGCCUAGACGAUGCGAGGGCCGGCGAGACCACGGACUUGCCUGGACGAGCCCCCGGGCUUAGCGAGCGCCGCCCCGGCAGCGCCUCCACGCCGGGCUGCCCACCUCGGGGCUCGAGAUAAACAAGUAAAUAAAAUUAAUAUUAAUACGAAAUAUAACAGCAACAUUACAUAACAAUACUGGCCUUAGUUAUUGGUCAAAGUCUAAACUACAGCAAGUACCAAGGGGAGCUACAGCUGCCGGGGACUCGUGGCACAAUGGAAGAGCUGCACAGCCUGGACCCCCGACGGCAGGAGCUGCUGGAAGCCAGGUUUAUGGGAGGAGCGUUUAAGACUCCACCAUCAAACAGCGAAGCAUCCAACCAAAGCAUUGGGAGUCAUGGAUCUCUUAGUGACAAAGAGACUGAGCAAACUCCUGAAAAAAAGGCAACAGAUAUCAGAGUGCGAAAACGUAAAGCAGAUGGCCAGACUGAUCCCAGUCAAAGUAAUUGGAAUGUUAAAGGCUGCUCUAAAGGACCCAAAAUUAGUGACUAUUUUGAGUUUGCUGCCGGAAUAGUGCCCGGCAUCAGCCCAACAUGGGGUGCGAUUCCUUUACCUAGGACACCCUCCCAGCUUUCCCUCUCACAGCCAUCAUUUAUGACCCAAGGCAGUCCACCUUCGGCUGGUGCUUUGGGCACAGAGCAUUCCCCUGUAAAGCUUGGACACUCUCCGGUCACGAUGGUACACAAAAACAACCAGACUGAAAUCACCUUGGAGAAGAUAAAGAUGUUGGAAAAUAACCAGAGCUCAGAUUUGGAAAAAAAGGAGGGGAGAAUCGAUGACCUGCUCAGGGCGAACUGUGACUUGAGGCGGCAGAUCGAAGAGCAACAGAAGCUGCUUGAAAAGUUCAAGGAGAGGCUGAACAAAUGUGUGACUAUGAGCAAGAAACUGCUAGUUGAAAAAUCUGAGCAGGAGAAGCAAGCAUGCAGGGAGAAAAGUAUGCAGGACCGACUGAGGCUUGGCCACUUUGUCACCGUCCGACAUGGGGCCACCUUCACCGAGCAGUGGACAGACGGCUCAGCCUUCCAGAACCUCAUCAAGCAACAAGAGUGGGUGAACCAGCAGCGGGAAGACAUUGAACGGCAGCGGAAGUUGCUGGCCAAGCGAAAACCGCCGAUGGCUGCUCACAUGACCAGCCCAGCUUCUGCUGCGGAACAGAAGCAGCGCAAGAACAAGGCAGUCAAUGGUGCCGACGACAACUUCGUAAAGCCAAGCGUACCACCGACGUUAACGGUAGCUGAGUACCAUGAGCAAGAAGAAAUUUUAAAGCUCAGAUUAGGACAUCUUAAAAAGGAGGAGGCCGAGAUCCAGGCAGAGCUAGAAAGGCUGGAACGUACGAGGAACCUGCACAUACGUGAGCUCAAGCGGAUUCACAAUGAGGACAACUCGCAGUUUAAAGAUCACCCAACGUUGAAUGACAGAUACCUCCUGCUUCAUCUAUUGGGGAGGGGAGGGUUCAGUGAAGUGUACAAAGCUUUUGACUUGCAAGAACAGAGGUAUGUGGCCGUGAAGAUCCACCAGCUUAACAAAAACUGGAGAGAUGAGAAAAAGGAGAACUACCACAAGCACGCGUGUCGGGAGUACAGAAUACACAAGGAACUGGAUCAUCCACGAAUAGUAAAGCUCUACGAUUACUUCUCUCUCGACACCGAUUCGUUUUGUACAGUGCUGGAAUACAUCCAUGGGAAUGACCUGGACUUCUACUUGAAGCAGCACAAGCUGAUGUCGGAGAAAGAGGCACGCUCGAUCAUUAUGCAGAUCGUGAGUGCCCUCAAGUACCUGAACGAGAUCAAGCCACCCAUCAUACACUACGACCUCAAGCCAGGCAACAUCCUGCUGGUGGAUGGAAAAUCUUGUGGUGAAAUCAAGAUCACCGACUUUGGGCUAUCCAAGAUCAUGGAUGAUGAAAACUACAACGCUGUGGACGGCAUGGAUCUGACCUCUCAGGGGGCAGGAACCUACUGGUACUUGCCUCCAGAAUGUUUCGUAGUUGGGAAGGAGCCACCAAAGAUCUCAAACAAGGUGGAUGUGUGGUCUGUUGGCGUCAUCUUCUACCAGUGCCUUUAUGGGCGAAAGCCUUUUGGGCACAACCAGUCUCAACAAGACAUCCUUCAGGAGAAAACCAUCCUGAGAGCUACAGAGGUGCAGUUUCCCGUCAAGCCCGUCGCCUCAAAUGAGGCCAAGGCAUUCAUUCGUCGCUGCCUGGCCUACCGCAAGGAGGACCGCAUCCAUGUACAGCAGCUGGCCAGCGACUUGUACCUCAUGCCUCACAUCCGCAAGUCUCCUGCGAACACCAAUACACAUACGCCCAACUCCUCUGCCUCUGCUACUGCAUCGCCCAACAGCAACUCCAACUAGUCAGCUUGGUGGCACACACUGCCCACAGCAACGGGACGAAGGGGUCGGGGGGGGGGAGGUCUGUGCUCUACGGAGACCCGAAGCUUGAUGGAUUCAGUGGCUGUGGGCAUGAGAAAUAACAUCUCCGUUGACUUCUUAAGAGGAGCGGUGAUGCUGCGGAGGUGGACACUGACCCUACAAUGUGUUUUUGGGCAUUGUUUAGCCUGGUGUCCAGGCCACACGUUUUUUUAGGGCUGGGAGUCGUCGAAACCCGAAGUUCAGCCAUAAUGCCUCACCGUCUCCUGAACUGUUAUCGAGAAAAGGGAGAUGCUCAAGUGCUUGGGCGCCCGAGUUAAGGUUUACUUCACGGAGUGAAAAAAACUUACAGAGCUGCCAUUCGUCUUUCGCUACCUGUCAUCCAUUUUUGAAACUGAUCUGGGGAAGACUUGAAGCUUUACUGAGAGGAUAAGUUCUUGUGUACAUACAUGUAUAAAUUUUAGAACGAUGAAGGUCUUUGUUGGAAAGUUGAUGGGCCGUGCAAGUUCGUGAGUGUUUGUUGAGCGAUGUGAAAUAUAAAGUUAGAGGUCGUUGAAUAAUGUUGCACAUGCAUGACUGAUUUUUUUUUGGUGCAAAAAAAUGUAGUUUACUUAUCUCUGUAAUGAACAUAAAAAUUUUAAAAAUAAUCUAAUAUGACUACCACUGGCAUUGGUAAAGUGAGUUGAAGUGCAGAAUUAAAAUUAUUUUAAAAAAAUACUUGAAAAGUUCAGUGAAGUUGCCCUUGUGUGGGAGUGUGAUUAGGGAUUGUGUAAUUGUUAAAAUUGUUUUGAAAUUGUUAUACAUGUACAUAAUCCAAUGCUUUUAGUCUGUAAAGAUGAUGCCACCAUCUCUUUUUUUACUUAUGCAGUGUAUGAAUGACCCCUGGGUGCUGAGCACUUUAUACUCCAUGUAACCUUAACUUUGGUUUAUGCAGAUCGGUUAUUGUAUGGCAUUGCAUUUUACACAAGAAAUUAUUUAACAACCUAUUAGAAUGGACAAUUUAUAAUUUUCAUGAGUGCCAUUCCUAUAUCCUUUAAUAAAUAAAAUGCCACCAUAUUAAGUACUGUUACAUGACCAUUACAUUUCUAUCGGGUGCUUUAAAACCUCAGUUAAGGUAGGAGUAUUGAGUUGAGUGAUGUGAAGUGCAUGUGGGGUGAAUUGCGUGGCUUUUUAUAAUAGUCUACUACCAACAAUGCCCUAGUCUACAGUCUCUUCAGUCAAUACAAGUUGAAAUAAAGAUUUACUGCAACGAAAUUAAAAUGGCAGAGCUUGGCUCUUUAGUGUGUGCUGUGUGGAUUCUGACGUGUGUAGUAUUGAGGUGUGGUUACAAUUGAUGAGUUGCCCACUUUAAAACAAUGUUUUCUGUUCAAAAUGUAAGCUGUCUCUUUAAACACAACUAUUCACAGUAAGCAUAGAACACUAAUCAAUGUAGGGUAUUGUGUAUUGUGUAAAAUGUGCAAAUGAAAAAAAAAUGGUUUACAUAAAGUAUAAUGAUAAAGCAUCAAGCAGGACAGUAUUUUAGUUGUAGAGAUAUUUUUUUAUAUUGUUACUAAUUCUCCACAACGACACUGAUUGUUUUGUUAUAUUCACAUCAGAGGGGUUGCUUGGGUUACUAAAAAAAACGUUUCGGUUGAAUGGUUCAUCUAUUGCAUUGGAGACUUGUUAUCAUACAAAGUAUGUCUGCUAUGUUGCUUGGAUACCUUGGCAAUGUGAAGUAAAAAAUAUAUUUGUAGCAUUCAACCCCCUGUUGUAUUCCUACUUUUAGAUUACAGUGUAAAAGUAUGAUCAUCAAUGGUUUGCUUUUGUAUGUUGUCAUGCGACAAAAUUGAGACAUUAUUCCAGCAGCUAAAAAUAAACAAUUACAAACUCAAAUCUCCAGGGUUAAAUAAGUGUCCACCUCGUCAUGAACUUCACGGAUUCAUGUUAAAUUAUGAAUUAUUUGCAUCUCAAUUGGGAACGCUUUAUGUGGUAACUGAAUGUUCAUUCAUAUGCAGUUCUGUAGUGCUAAAGUACUUUUUUGUGGAUCGGAGAUCUAAACGAGUACAAUAGUGGUCAUCUGGUCUUGCACAGAUAGCUGGCUUCAUUCACUUAAAGCAGUGGUUCUUAACCUGGGAUGCACGCACCUAGGGGUACAAGUUGCCCUUUCAGGGGGUGCCAGACAUGCCAGAUUUCUUUCGAAGGUAAAUCAUCAAACAUGAAUUCAGCAUGGGCACGUAUGUACAGCUUCUUUUGUUUCAUUAAACAUUUUUUUUUAAGUUUUAACAUGUGCGAACCAAAGGGGUGCAAGGCUGCAGUAAAGGUUAAGAACCACCGGAUUAAAGGAUCAAUCUAGGAGUAAGUUCCACCAGGAAUACAUCUGAUAAGCACGUGCUUGCAUUGCUGUCAACAUUUUUAAGACGUUACUCAGCUUACGAUUGCUUCCCCAAUGACUUAAAUUCCAUUAAUAUGCGCCGUUGGAUCAUCAUGUUUGUUCAUUUUCAUAAUCGGAACUUAACGUUCACCCAAAAUCUCUCCUACAAUUGUUUCAUUUGUGUGGCCUCGUAUUCAUCAUUCGCCUCUUCUGUGCUGUCAUUCGUAUUGUUCACCUCACUUGAACUGCCUCCUGUGUCUUAUCUUGUGUGGUUUGCUUAAAUCAUAAAAUACGAUUCGUGCAUGUAUCAAGGGCAUAUGAAUCGAUUUUAAUUGAUGUAAGUUGACCCCGCACCACUCUUACGGCAUUGCAUUCAGGCGCGUUAUACCGUAUUGUAUUUUUAUUAUGUGCCAGUACGUGAUAAAGAAUCUCACCAAAGGAUAUUUUUACUUGUGUUAAUUAGUAAAGGGAAUUGUGAGGUUAAGUACCACUAGAAUGAAAAUGAACCCAUUUGACGUUUUCAUCCUUCCCGAGUGCCACGGUGCUAAUGGAACAUUUUUGCAACAGCAAAAUAAACAAGUAGACAUAUCUCCGUCAUAUAUCUAUCUUUCCACCAAAUAUAAAAGUAUUUAACACGUCCCAUAAACUACAAGACAGGAGUGCAUCACUUGUAUUUUGUGUUAUGUGUCGUAUCAUUUAGCGUUGAAUUAGGACCCAUAUUUAUAAUUUAUGGAAAUUUACCAGCAUUGGUUCAAGCAACCCAUCUGGUGAGACAUCCAAACCGGUCUAUUUUGUUUGUAAUAAACCAAUGUUGCUGAAAUUAUGCACUCCCAGAAGCUCUUAUGGUUAACGCAAAGUGUAAAAUAUGUUUUUAUCACUCGGACGUCCUUUGGACGUGACUGUCCGUACCUCCCCCCAACCAGCCAGCAAAACUUGUUUUGUAGUACGGUCCUGUAUGGGACUGAAUAUGAAAGUGUGACAGCGUAUCCAGCG